AAUCAAACAAAUUUCCCCUUCUGUUCCCCAGGCAUUUUUCCGUUCCGCACGGAAAGGCUCAACAAUUACGGAAAUGUUUCAUGUUUAAACUUUGGAUAAGUUUUUACCGUGGGAAACAUGUUGAAAUACAUAGCAGAUUUAUCUCGGUGAAUUACUAAACAAAAAAAUUGUCUUGCGAAACAAUGGUACUUAGAGACAGAGACCUCGUUACUCGCUUGCUGAAACAAUCCAUACUUACAUUAUGUCGGGAGGCUGUCCACUACUCAUGUCGUCUGGAGGUUGACGGAAUUAUUUGUCUGACCGUUGACGGCCAAGAUCAGCACGUUGUUAAAAUACAUGAAUUCUUUGAUAGACCGAAUGAUUCCGAAACUGAAAAUUUACCAACCCGAAGCAUGUCAAACGAGAACCUUUUCAAUAAAACCACGCAUCCAGCCGAAUUAGGUGAAUAUGAAAGUAGAAAAACUUUAAACACCAGUUAUAACAACAUAGAAAAUAUUUCGUCUGGGAUUAAGAUCGACGCUGACAACCUCUUGAUCAAACCCGAUCCAGACAGAUAUUCCGAAAUGAAACAGGAAGAUGACAGUAUGAAAGAAACCUCUAUGAACGAGCCGAAGUCUACCACACAAAUUUGUUCAGAUACUCUUACAUAUGUUGAUUAUUCAAGUUUAGAUGAUAAGAAAUUAUCUAUGUCGUCUGCAACAAAUAUUUUGUGUAAGAAAUGCAACAGUACUCUUGAGAAUGUUGAAUUAUUCCAAGUUCAUAACAUGACAUCACACAAUCAUUUCACGUGCCUUGUUUGCCUAGCUACGUUUACGUCACGAAACAAUAUGAAGAGACAUAUUCGCUUACAUACUGGCAUCAAACCCUACUCAUGCCACAAAUGUCCUGAGAGUUUCUCGCGCAACGAUGACUUCAAAAGACAUUUAUUGAAACAUACGUUCCAAAGACCCUUUCGCUGCGCUCAUUGCAAAACCGGAUAUUCGGACAGAGCAUGCGUGAAAACUCACAUGAUGAAGGAACAUAACACUAAAGUUUACCACGUAUGUUCACAAUGCGGUGAAAGUUAUAUUGAUAUUGUAAAGUUCCAACAACAUAAGAAGUUACAUCCAGAGCUGCAGGACUAUCAGUGUUCGGUUUGUUCGUUUACGGGAUCAAAUUCUUUGAUGUACAACAAGCAUAUGUUAACACAUGGACCACUUAAGGAGUAUAAAUGCACAUAUUGUAAUAUGUCCUACUCCGAUCCAUUUAUGUAUACGAGUCAUUUGAAGAGACACAAAGGUGAUGAACAUGUACAAUCAUAUACAUGUUGCUUUUGCGACAUGACUCUCCAGACAUAUGAACAGUUUCAAAGACACGAACAUACGCAUGUGCAUUCGAAACAGCAUGUCUGUGAAAUUUGUCAUAAGGUGUUUAGAUAUCCUUCUAAUUUGCGAGAACACAUGCUGACACAUUUGCCAAAGUCGACUUAUCAAGGUACCAGAAGUCUACUUUCUGGUUAUGAUGAUUUAGACAAAUACUGUUUUCCAAAAGAGGGCGGAAUGCCAUUGACAACAACGGUUAGAGAUGAAAGUUUCAACAGCGAGUUACGUCCGAUGGAAACCGAUGAAGAAAACAAUAACAAAAUCAAUACAACGGAUGAACAUGAUCUUAAGCACAACGAAGCUGAUAAAGAAACAAGCAACGGAUGUAGUGAUUAUUGGUGCGCUGAGUGUAGCCAUGGUUUCGGAACAGAAAGCGAACUUCAGAAUCACAUCAGUAACAUUCAUGAAACGAAGGGCGACGUUGUCAGUGAUGACCACGAAAAUGAUGAGUGCACAAAUAACCAGCACAUAACAAAGAAAACAAACCCGUAUGAAGAUUCAACACAAAUUGAAUCUGAACAUCAUCACGUAUACAAUGAAGAAACGGUUGCAGAUAAUUCUGAUUACUACAAUGACAGAACAAGAGACAAUGUUAAAGGAAGUGAGCUUCAAAACACCACUGAGAAAAAUACGGAGCAGGAAUUGAAUACCGUUACAGAUGCAAUGAGACAGGUCAAAGACAUUCAAUCAAGAUUUGGUAUAAAGUCGAUAGAACUUAACACAUUUAAACCCAGGGAUAAGACAGAACAAGACACAAAGCCACCAUUGCAUGAAGAUUAUAACGUUGAAAAUCAGCAUAGUUGGUUGAAACCUUCAGUUUCUGUCAAUAGAUUUCCUAGACAUGUACCAAAACAAAUGUUUGUAUCAUUGAGUGGUACAAAAAUGAAGAUUCAACGAACAUCUUACAGCUCACUAUUAAGUCGUAAUAAUGGCGGAGCAUUUAGCAUUGCAAAAGAAUCGCGGAAAGAUGACAAUAAAGUUUCGGUUAAUGAAAACGCUCCGCGAACAGAUACAGAUAUUUCUGAACAAAAUAGUUCGUACAAGAAGCCCUCUCCUGCAUCUACCCGAUCAACAUCAACGACGUUGAAUCUAAAAGUUCGCAAUCCAGGGUUCGAAAGAGUCGUUACACCGGAUGUUUUAUUCAAAACAAAGGCUCCUUUUACAUGCGAAAUUUGUGAGGAAACGUUUCAAAGUUUUGAUGAAUUUCAUGAACAUGGUGUCAAAAUUCAUCGCCGUUUUAUUUGUUCAUAUUGUGGCAAGGUGUUUACAUCACGACCAAACAGGGAGCGCCACAUUCGUUAUCAUACUGGAGAAAAACCAUAUAAAUGUGAAUUGUGUCUCGCAACAUUUCUUCGUGGAGAUGACCUGAAGUACCACAGGACAACGAAACAUGCAGAUAUUAAACCGUUCACAUGUGGUGCAUGUCAGACGUCGUUUUCUCUCCCUAAAGAUUUAGAGAAGCACCUCAAGCUAUAUCCAGAUCAUAAAUUAUAAUUUGUAUUAUUAUUUGUAAAAAGGUGUCCUUUGUUUGAAAAAAAAAUCAAACGUUUUACUUCUUUUUAUAAACGCUUUAACGCAAUGAAAAGUGACUGAAAAACAACAAUGCUAGUCGAUGCCAAAUAUAUAUCAGGAAUAUAAUACUAUAUAUAUG